AUGCGGUUGAGGCGGUACUUCCUAAAAGUCUUGCAAGCUGUCCCUUCGUUGGAUACCAUUUUGGAACCUCUUGCCCAGACCGCGUUAGACAAAUUCUUUGAUGCGGCGUUGUCUCGCGCCGAUGAUGAACUAGUUGAAAAAGGUGAUGAUUAUAGGCUGGAACUUGAAGACAAACGCAAUCAGAGUAUCGAAGAUAUCGAAAAAGCGACUACAGAUAAGCUGUAUGAGCUCAGGAACACAGCAGAAAACAUUCUGGAUUCACUGGGAGAAUCCGCUGACAAAAUAUUUGAUGAUAUCUUUGAGAGGUUAGAAGGUCUAAACGGGAUCAAUGGACUUAAAGAUGGAAUAGGAGACUUGGCGAGAAGGGAGGAAGAGAAGUUGGAACAGCAGCACAAGAAGAUGGUGCGACAAAGAAAAAAGCUCAAGAAAAUAAAGCGGGAGAUUAAGAUCAUGACGGACGGAAUGCGAAAUGAGAGAAGGAGGUCGCGAAAAGAGAGGCGCAAGCUGAGAAAGGAAAGAUUGGCGAAGCCAAAGGUAGGUCUCACGUUUAGACGCUUGGACGCUGAAGCGUAG